AAGAACAAACGCAGCAGGUUCUUACUACAGCAGUUUUCCUCUGUGAGCUGAGCUGAGAAGCAGAGCUCUCUCCUCAUUCUCCAGACUUCACCAUGAGACUCCGAGACGGCUGUAUUCUGCUGGGAGUCCUGCUGCUCCUCACACACACCUCACACCAGCAGAAACCCAAUGCUAAAAAAGACUCCAGCGCUACUUUGAAGGACCUGCAACAGCAGAUCGAUGACAUUGUGGUGGAACUGAAUCUUCUAAAGGAGCAGCAGGCCCUGCAGACCGUCUGUCUGAAAGGCACGAAGAUCCCUGGUAAGUGUUUUCUGGUGGACAGCGUGAAGAAGAGCUACCACACGGCCAGUGAAGACUGCAUCGCCAAGGGAGGAAUCCUCAGCACUCCGCUGUCUUCUGACGAAAACACGCGACUAUAUGAUUACGUGCGCCAGAGCAUCGGGCCGGACGCUGAAAUCUGGCUGGGCAUCAAUGACAUGCAGACGGAGGGCGUGUGGAUGGACCAGGCCGGCUCAAGCAUCCGCUACAAGAACUGGAAGCCCCCGCAGCCCGAUGGUAGAAUCGCAGAAAACUGCGCCGUACUCUCCGGCGCUUCCGGCGGGAAGUGGCUGGACGAGAACUGUCGCGAGGAGAGAGCUUCCGUCUGCGAGUUCAACAUCGUCUGAGAUCAUCCAGCGCCGGUUUGCAUGACCUUAGCUGUCCUUUUCAUUGCACAAUCCUGCUUGCAUUGUGUUUGCUCUGCAAUUAUAUAAUUUCUUUUGGGAGAACGGAGUUUGUCCUUUUACUGCAUAAAAAUGUUCAUGAUCUACAAUCAAAGACCAAACACUGUAAUUAAAGACAUUUUUGAACGGGCUCCAUUAAGAUCUCGUCCAAGACGCAAAAUAAACAAAGACAUUAAAGAAGUAUUUCACACAAAAAUGAAAAUUAACUGAGCCUCAGGCCAUCCACACAUCACAAUAAUCCACAAGUGAUCCACACUGGACUCCAGUCUAUCAAUUAAAACUCUGGUGAAGGGAAAAGCUGUGUUUUUAACAAAACAAAAUCAUAAAGAUGUAAGAACUUCAAACCAUUGCUAAAAUAGAUAAUCCGAAUGAAUGCUUCCUCCAUCUCUGUCAUCUCACAUAAAAAAAAAA